AUGAGCAGCUCUGCUGGGCGUAGUGUCGAUGCGGAGAGCGCCGCCGUCGCCGCCUGUAACCUGGGCGAAGCGCUGUCCUACUUGCUAUCCGACGACGACCAUGCAGAUACAGCCACAACACCGGAACGUUCAGUCACACCUGGUUGUAUUAAUAACGGCUCGUCGGGUACAAGUGCGGGUCCUUCCUUCUGGCCUGCCAACGCCGACUCCGUGAAGACUCGACCUCCUCCAACUACUAAACCCAAGAAGAAGCGACGACGAGACCGCAACCGGCCGGUCCACGAGAUCCACCGCCUGCAGCUUCAAGUGCAGGACAUGGAACGGCAACUCAAGGCGCUCAGACCCGCGCACAUUCCAGACACGGACGAGGUGAAGGCUCUGAAGGGCAAGAACGCCGCGCUGAAAGACAAAUUAAGGAAGAGUCUGGAGCGUACAGCAGCGGUGGAGCAAUUGCUGCAGACGCAGGCGGAUAAACUUCUGCAGGCUCUACCCAAGUCACUGGUCGUAUCGGGGCAGAACUUGGUCUACGAUGUGGAGCAGGACGACGCUGUGUUCCAAGUGCUGGCGACGACGGUGGAUAAGCAUUAUCUCGACCUGAACCGCGUGUUCGAAGCGGCGGGAUUGAGUGACGCCAAGUCGGAGAUUUUCGACGCCUACGUGACUUCGCCACCGUCACAAACAGACUCCUCCGAGUGUGUCUUGAAGACGAGGACGUGUGCAUUCCUGCCGUACGCCAAGAAGUUGGUGGAACAAGCCAUGUGGCGAAGACUGGAGUGCGAAUCAGCGCUUCUACCGGAGAACGUGGAGUCUAGCAGAGACCUGGGUCUUCCGAUGGGAUCAGCGUCGAAUCUGAUCGUUUCAAAGCGAGAAGUUCAUCUGGACAAUGCCUCGUUCACGAUCCGUUUGGCUCUGAAAGAGUUCGUUGAAGCAGAUCGCUUAGUGUACGUGUGGGAUGCUAUCGGUGACUGGCCCCGAGUGGAGGCGAUCCCUCACGUGUCAACGAGAGAAUAUGGCUGGAGCUUUUUCUCGCGAAACGAGUGUCCAGACCUGUCUAUUCUAAAGAGCUACGUGCUGGUGACCACCACAGCGUCACCUGGUGUGGACGCGGAACUCGUUGAAAGGGUCAUGCAGCUGUAUCGACGAACGAUCGAGUCGCGAUACCAAAAGCUGGAGAACACGCUCGUAGAUGCGGCUAUAUGCUCGAGGAAGUCUGCGUCAAAACUCCAUGCACUCGAGACUCCACGAUACUCGGCGCUUGAUUCCGCCAGGAAGACGAAGUUCUCAGGCACCACGAACCGCUUCACGACGCAGCGAGAGUUCACUAUUGCCGUUCCAGAAUUACCAGCAAGUGCCAAGACGCAGCGAGAUUCGACGCCACACGCGUUAUCUGAGCGCCUAAUGAUGCUGGAACUUUUCUUAUAG